UAACAUGAGGUUCAUUUUAUUGCUGUCACUACUCGGAAUUUUUCCAGUUUCGCACAGCGCUGUCAAAUGCAGAGCAGCCCCCAAGUCCUUACAGAACGUUCAGGUCUGCUGCCCAUUGCCACUGCCCAAUUGGGGCGCCUACAAUAGCGAAUGUGGCCGAUCUGGUAUUCAACCGAGCGUGAGUAUAAAACUUUACUCUACACUUGACCUCUUCCUGAACUCGAUGGCGUUGUUCCUUCAACAGUGUCGCUUGGGUUGCAUCUUCAAUGCCACAUCGGCACUGCAAGGCAAAGUACUCAGUACAAAGCAUGUGCGUCCCAUGCUGGAGCGAGCCUAUGCGAAUCAGAAGGAGAUCAUCGAUGCCUAUGAUGCAAAUUUUGCCAGCUGUGCAACUCUGGUGCACAGCAAAUAUCAGGAGCUCACACAACUGAGCAGCCAAAGCGAUGCAUGCGAUCGUCAUGCUCUGUUCUACAGUCUCUGCGCCUACUCGAAGCUGAUGCGACGUUGCCCCACCAAUGUGUGGCAGGCGAACAACAAGAAGUGCCGCGAUGCGCGUGCCUAUAUGAAAAAGUGCGCUUGGCCAGCGCUCAAGAUGUUUAUGAAGAGCACAUAGAAUAAACGUUUAAAACAGCGCUGUUUU